UAAAGGAGAACCAGAACAACCAAAAUUGACUUUAAAUGUUUGAGCAAAGAGAAAACAUGACGGACAUUUGAAGGAAGAUGGAAACAUCUAUGAAACCAGGAGACGUUUGAUCCAGGAAAAUAAAAACCAACUGAGAUCCAGGCAGAGAACAGAGAAAUAUUUUCCAUCCUUUAGGUUUAGUUUACCCUCAUGGGGACUGGAAGGAAGGAAGAAACAGAGGAGAGAUGUGGAAACCAGAGCAGAGAGGAGAGCAGCAGCAGCUCAGCAGCAGAGCUCAGAGGCUCCUUCACCGCUCUGAGCUCCAUCGCCAUCCAGGCUGGACGCUCACAGAUCGUCGCCUCGGUUCUCAAGAGCGGUUCUCUGAUCCACCUCCAGCUGGUCCAGUUCCAGCCCGGACUCUGCCAGAUCGGAUCAAACCAGGAGGAAAACCACAUCCUGAUCCAGGAGCUCCUGCAGCUGCUGGAAAAACUCCAGAAACAUGAGCCUGAGGUGUUUGCUGUGGUGGAGAAGAAGCAGAAGGAGAGACUGAGGAUGAGGAGGGACGCAGGGAGGAAACAGAAGCAAGACGAAGAGCUGAAAGAGGCGAUGAAGGCGUCUCUGAGCGAGGGAUGGUCGCUGCUCCUCCGCCUGCUGGAGAGACGGCUGGAGGUCCUGCAGAUGGCUUCAGACGUCUUCAGCAGAGUGACGGAGUUUGCUGCUGGCAUCGACAGAUUAGAGGAUCUGCAGAGUAAAGCAGAUGAAGACAAACUGACUGAAGUCCAGCUCUCCUUUGACUUCAUCAGAAAAGAUCUUCUGGGAAAGUCCCUGCAGGUUUUAACCAGCAGCAGCCUCCUGCUGCAGAAGCUCAGGCAGCUGCAGAGGACUGAGGCCCUCCAGAGGACAGGAAGGGUACUGCAGGACGGAGAAGCUGAGCUGGAUCAGGUCAAACUUCAUGAUGAUCAGCUUCAAAUUAGGAACUUAUCUGAUCACAGAGCUUAAACUAAUAUUUGUUCACUAAGUUUGAAUC